AUGUUCGGGCACCACCACCACGGCCACGGCGGGCACCAGGCCCCGCCGCCGCCGCCGCCCCAUGAGCAGACGCUGUACAGGAUCUUCUGCCGCGCCGACGAGGCGUACUGCCUCACCCACUGGUACAAGGACAUGAGGCACAGCACCAAGGUGAAGGACGCGGAGGGCCAGCCGGCGUUCGCGCUCGUCAACAGGGCCACCGGCCUCGCCAUCAAGCACUCGCUCGGCCAGUCCCAUCCUGUGAAGCUGGUGCCCUACAACCCGGAGUACCUGGACGAGUCGGUGCUGUGGACGGAGAGCCACGACGUGGGCAAGGGCUUCCGCUGCAUCCGCAUGGUCAACAACAUCCACCUCAACUUCGACGCCUUCCACGGCGACAAGGACCACGGCGGCGUGCACGACGGCACCACCGUCGUGCUCUGGGAGUGGGCCAAGGGCCCCAACCAGAGCUGGAAGGUGCUGCCCUGGGGCGACGAGGCCUACGCGCCGCGCCCACCAGGGCCGGAGCCAGGCUACGGCGGGUACCGCCCCCCGCCGGGCGGCCCAGCUGCCGGGGGCUACGCGCCGUCCCCGCCAGGGCCGUACCCACCGCCUGCCCAGCCGGAGCCAGGCUACGGCGGUUACCGCCCCCCGCCGGGCGGCCCAGCUGGGGGCUACGCGCCGCCCCCGCCUGUGCAGGAGCCUGGCUACGGCGGCUACCCGCCGGCUCCGGGCAACCCCGCCCCGGGGUACGGGCCCCCCGGGUACGGCAACCUGCCUCGCGCCCUCGCGUCUGAGCCCACCGUGCGCGUCUUCUGCAGGGCCGGCGACGGGUACAGCCUGACUGUCAGGAACGGCACCGUGUGCCUGGCACCAACCAACCCCAGGGACGAGUUCCAGCACUGGGUGAAGGACAUGAGGCACAGCACUCGCAUCAAGGACGAGGAAGGGUACCCGGCGUUCGCGCUGGUGAACAAGGUCACCGGCGAAGCCAUCAAGCACUCCCUGGGACAGAGCCACCCGGUUCGCCUGGUGCCCUACAACCCUGAGUACGUGGACGAGUCGGUGCUGUGGACUGAGAGCCGCGACGUCGGCCACGGCUUCCGCUGCGUGCGCAUGGUGAACAACAUCUACCUCAACUUCGACGCCUUCCACGGCGACAAGGACCACGGCGGCGUCCACGACGGCACCACCGUCGUCCUCUGGGAGUGGGCCAAGGGCGACAACCAGCGCUGGAAGAUCCUGCCCUGGUGUCCCUACAACGGCAACCACUGGUACUUGCAAUCUUUAUUUGCGUUUGUUUUGUUUUUUCUCUGCCCGUGUCAACUUCGACGACGACUGCUAACGGACUAA